GGACGUCCGAGCGAUGGCCAGUGUCGCGGUCCACGAAGAUCGAUCCCCCAGGCGGCGGUUAUGGAGAAGUCCCCGCCGCGUUGAGGAGGGCGAGCUCUCGCCCGAGCGGGCGGCGCGGCGACUCGCCGCGUGGGCCGAGGACGCCGCGCGCCAGGAGAGGUGGCUCGCCUCCCGCGGCGGCGGGCUCGAGGCUCCUCUCCUGGGGGCGGGCGGCGGCAUCCUGCGCCUGAGGGACUUCCUGCCGCUGGAGGCGGCGGAGAACACCCUGAGGGUGCUGGAGGCGCUGCCCGAGUCCGUGUGGUCGCUCUCGGAGCAGGGCGGCGACGCCAACGCCGCGGAGCACCGCUUCUGGUCGGCGGACGUCGCGGACGUGCCGCAGCUGGCGCCGCUGAGGGGCGUGUUCUGGAGGCUGCUUCCGACGCUGCGGGGGGAGCCCACGCUGCCCAUCUUCUCCUGCGGGCGCUACGGGGCCUCGGACCACAUCGGCAGGCACAACGACGAGGGAGACACGCCGAUCUUCGGCCCGGGGAACAUCUUUUCCCGGAAGGUCGCCGCGAUCUGGCACUUGACAAGAGAGUGGCAGGAGAGCGAGGGGGGAGCCCUGGUCGACCUCCAGCCGGAGGGCGGCGGGAGCAUCAGCCACGUGCCGAUCUUCAACUCGCUGGUCGUCUUUGAGGUCCCGCACUGGCACGCCGUCUCGAGGGUGACGGCGGAGCGCUACCGAUAUUCGAUUUUUGGCUGGUGGCACCAGAAGAAGGUCGCGGGAGGGCCCGGCUGAGAUGCCAGCGGCCCUCCCGAACGAGGGAGCAGG